ACUUGCAGCUCGUCUGUUCGGCAUUCGACAGUUCGGAUUUACUCGACUCCGCAUCGGUAAAACUCGUAACACUGGCAGUGUUUAAGCAUUUUAACUCCAUGAAGUUGGUGUCACAAGACAUAGUGACAUUUACUUGAGCAAAUUCUAAUGAUUGCUUGAUCGACCUACACUCUCACCUCAGAUUUUUUCAGACGUAUGAGUAAGAAGCCCAAGGAAUCAAGCGAGAUGCGUAUGGAUCUGGACACCCUCUCACAAGUGGCUCUCAGUCAGUUUGAUACUAGUUUGUUCAACAACACAUUAGCAUCACCGGCUGAGCCUUGCCCCCUCACCACGGCAGAAGUGCUUACCCUGGCCACUAUGACUAUGAGCGCCGCUCAGAGUUUCAACUUCACUCCGGACCUGCCUACACUUGAAGGUCCCAUGGAGGAUUUCGAAUUCAAGCCUCAAGUUACCGAAGGAGGGUUUGUCGAGCCGGACCACAACAUGAACAACCAGCGGGGAGAGUCCGGUGUGAUGACUGGUUACAACACGGUCGCCAUGACCAACGUCCAGCCGGCUCAUAUGUCUCCUGUUUCUGGAAGCAGCCCCGAUAGUUCACCUACUCCUAAUACUUGGUGGACGCCUGCGACCACGUCCAUGCAAAGUGGGAUUGGCAGUAUCAUCACAACAUCGAAUAGUUUGAUCAACGAAGCUGUUUCGGCUCAACCCAUCGUGUCCUGUGAUACGGCUUGUUACACGCCAAGCAGCACCUCAAGCUUUCAGAUCGCCAGCACCCAGGCGGUAAUCAACCCUCAGGAACUAUCACCCCAAUCCUCCCCGUACACAUGUGCCUACACGCACCCAGCCACAUCGCUCGUGCCUUCGACACCGUACGAGCAGAUCCCAGAGAACUUAUCUGUUCAGUCAUCCGCGCAGGGCGUUUGUUCACCAUUCGAACAAACAGUCAAAGUUGAUGGAGUGCUCAAAUAUUCCUGGCCAUCAGCCCAUGACAUGAGCUCAGCUUUUGGUCGCCCAGCCGUGUCUUCGCCGCACCACAAUAUCAAAAUGGGUGGUGUUCACCAUACAGGACAAAGUACUAGCCCUCAGCCAGCCCAAAUAUUGCCUUCGAGAACCCAACAAGUUUCACUCGGUAACGCACCUAUGAUGGUCCACAUAUCCCCCGCGGACAUGAUAUCACAACCCUAUCAAGCGAGCCAGGGUUCCGUUGGGAAGACCACAUCCAAACCCCGUAAAUACACCAGUCGACCAGGCAAGACGCCGCCUCAUGAGCGCCCUUACGCUUGCCCGUCGGAGAACUGCGACCGGCGGUUCUCUCGCUCCGACGAGCUCACAAGGCACAUCCGCAUCCAUACCGGACAGAAACCGUUCCAGUGUCGCAUCUGUAUGAGGAAUUUCAGCCGUAGCGAUCACCUGACGACCCACAUCCGGACCCAUACCGGUGAGAAACCUUUCUCCUGCGAGACAUGCGGACGAAAAUUUGCUCGCAGCGACGAGAGGAAACGACACAGCAAAAUCCAUCUCCGCCAAAAGGUCAAGAAGGAGGUGGAAUCAAUGAAAAAUCUGAACACUUGUGGAUAUCAACAGAGCCCGUCAGCUGCAUCGUCUCCUCCUAUGCCUGUUAGUGCCGCAUCCGUGGUUACUACUUCUUAAACUUUUCCUUGAACGAUCCCAUUUAUUGUGAUCUCUCUUUUUUCUGUUGUUUGUUUUUGCACAUCCCUCUGCGAAGACGACAUCGCCUCGUCGUGCGGUUCGACGUCGCUGUUCGGCACCGGCCGGCAACCGCCGGCUACCAAGGAAGCGGCUUGAUGUGAGACGCGUAUCAGCUUGAACUGGUGCGAGUGAGUAGCACAAUGAUGUGCAACAUGAUGGUCGACUGACUAACUCAAGUAAUAUUCAACGUCUUGCACAACUCUGUAUCGGUGAAAAAUAUCCAUCUUUCAUGUUUUUUGUGAGAAUUCCGUAGAAUUAUGUUCACAUUAUUUCAUGUCGCGCUACAUGCAGAGUAUACUGCUUUGUUAUAUUUUCUAUGUUUUGAUCUAAAACGAUAACAAGAAAUAAACACGAGCUGGUCGAUCCUUGUUCCAUACAAUUUUUUGCUAAAACACAAUUUGUAUUCAUAACAAAAAUUUCGGUAUCUAUGAAUUGUUUUUCAUGUAUUUUAUGCUGCGCAUAAGAUAGUUCAUUGUGCAGGGCACACGCUAACACUGCUUCCAAAAUUCAGAUUUUAACAUUUACGAAAGCUGCUGGUCAGUUGAAAAGCUCUUUAUUUUUUACCCAAAAAGUUAUUCAAAUUUGAAAUGUUUUUUUAACUUACAAAUAUUUAUCUUCAUUCAAGUUAUUAAAGUACACUUCCUUAUGAAUCAUUCAAUUUCGAUUUCAUUAACCUUUCAUUGCAUUCGAAAAGUCUUGAUGACUUGACGUAAAAUUCAUUCGCAAUUUCUAAACUAUUUUUCUGUACUUCCUUUGGUGAUAAUUACUUUCCAUGGUAUUUGUUGUGGGUUUGUGGCCGAAUGGCGUUUCUUUGAGACCAAACUCUUGCUUGCUACUGCCAAUUUAGCAGCCAACGUUACGACUUUAAUGAAAUAAGUACAUUGCUUCAACAUAUCAACUCAUUUUUGAAACUCAGUCAAUUUGUUCAAAUGCAAUUGUUGUUUUCGUUUAAUUAAGUUUAUUCUACGCAAAAUAUUGUACCAGUGUAUAAAACUCAUCACACGCAGAUAACAUGCAUGCAUCGUAUUAAGAAAAGAAAUAUGCUGCAAAAAAAUAUCACGAUUAUUUAUAUGUACCGGUGUGGUGAUCCCUUUAAGUUGAAUUUUAUAUGUCUACAUGUUUGUAUUUAAGAUGCUAUUUCGUUCAGUUUAAGUGAAGCUGUGGUUUUGUAAGUUUGUAGAAAGUUGAAAACGACAGCCAUUUUUUUUAUAGCAAAAACGCCGAAAACUACACCGCUAGUUAAUUUGUCAGUGCCUAUAAAACGAGGGUGAGCCUGCAUGGAGCCAUUUGGGUAAAAAUACGGGUGUUGCUAUUACCCAAAGUGGAAAGAUUUUGAAAUAUUUCAUAAUUUUUUUAGUGUGCUCAAGUUGCCAUGUUUCUAUUUCAGUUUAAGAAAAACAAUUUGUUGAGUGCCACCUUCUUAAAAUGUCAACUCAUACAGUAAGCUUUUGAAAAGCGUCUCUUUGAUAGCACCUGAUUAAUCGAUAAAUGCAUAGUUGCACAGUUUCAUGUUGUUAUAUUUCUAUGUCAAAAGUGAAACAGUAACAGUAAUCUACGUCUGAUUUUGAUGUAUUAAUUUAUCAUUUUUCGUGGACAUCCGUCUUUAUUGAUAUUGCAAAAACAACAACGACAACACACUGUUCAUGAAGCAUAACAUCUUGUGAACAGAAGGAAAAUCACACGUGCCUAUUCAUUAAGAUGGGGGAAAUGUUAAAAAACGGGAAUUAAAAAAAAACAGUUGUGUAUCAGAAUUAUUUUGCAAAGUAUACCCAGAGAGGAAACUAUUCCAACAAAGCGAUCGUUUAACUGUUAUGUUUUUAGUCGUCGAAUUUGAUGUUUUUAAUUUUUUUUUAAAGAUUUUAUUUUGAUUCGUUCAUCUCCCGCAGAAAAACAGCCGUUUAUUGUCCGGUGCCUAUAAGUUGGAAUGUUCGUUGUACAAGUUUUGAUUUUAUUUUACAUAUGUAUAUAGAUAUCUUUAUAUUUAUACACAUCAGAAAUUUGUUAUAUCGUAUCUUUGAUACUAUGCAUUAGCUAAGUUGCUAAUCAUUUCACUCUUAUUACACAUCACGUCAUCGUCAUGAUCGUUUAUGUCCAGCAAAAAAUAAAUCCUGCGCAUGUACAUAGUUGCGAUGUCUGUUGUAUACUAUAUCGUAUUAUACCAUGCCUUGGAAGUUGUAAAGGGGCGGUAUAAAGAGAGCUGGAGGAAAAAAAUAAUAAAAUAUUUUUGUCAUGAGGUGCACAAAAAUCUACAAUA